CACAUCCACAAGGUCAGUGGGAUGGCCCUAUAACACUUCCUACUAGCACAUAACGAACGUACUGCCACUGACUUUUUCGAAGGAUUCUCUUUACAAGCGGAGGCUUUAAACACUCAACGCCACGAGCCCUCUAGAUUGUCCAAUUUGCGACUACGGGAUGCAAAGGUCAGCUUUGUUAGUGGCAGUAUUCUUCCGCCACCCGAAACACGAGGCCCUGAGACUGCUAUGGAAUGCAUGUCCCUUAAAGAAUCCGACAGCGACCUUGGAACGGGUGGGGUUAUGGACUCUUCAGAACAGGCCGGAAAUACUCCAGACGAUGAGGAAGGAAGCCAUGAAAGUAAAGAGCAAGAUGCGUUUAUUAUCGAUACGGAAGGCAACCAAUCUAUAGAAACGAACCUGCCACCCCCCCAGAUUCGAUCAUCGUCACCAACACCCUCAAACUCGAGCGAGGAAGUCAUAUUGUUCAGGGGACGAGGUAAUAACGGCCAGUUCUUUGGGAGCCUGCCAUCGACCGGGCCCAAGCCUUCGAAAACCCCCUCCCUACGCACCACAAUCAACGAUGACGUGACGAUAUACACCGAAGACAAACAAUCCGCUAUUGAGAGCAGUUUAACUACAGAUGUGCUACAUUUAUCUGGUGACAGGACCCAGGCUAAAGGGAAAGGGAAAGAGAAAGGGCAUUUGCCCGAGACUCCAUCUACCGACCGUGUGGAUUUUCAGAGCAAGUUAUCAAAUUCACUUGAUACGCCACCCUUGACCUCACGAAAGAGUCGAAACGGCAGCGGCCGCAAUCGCAAAAUUCGAAGCGUCGAAGAUGAAAUGAUGAACGAUUACAUCACAAAUCUCGAAGAGCAAGGCUUGUAUGUUUUGGGGCUCGGCAACGGAAGGGAGCUUGGUGACAACGACAACGACAUAUUUCAACAACGUGACUCUUCUCCUGAUUCUGACAUGGAAUUGUUGGAAGAGAACUUGGACCCCUCGGAUUUUCUCGACCAGGAUACUUUGGAGCUCCUAGAUGAAGUUUCUGGUCCCAUUGAUGCAGUCCUGUCAAGGCGAGACGCUAAAUCUGGUCUACAAUAUCUUGUUGCUUGGAGUGAGUACAUGAGCGACAAGUCGGGAUGGGUUCCUGCGGCAGCGGCAGCGUUAUUGACACCCCAGGCGCUAAAUCUAAUUGGAAAAUUCGAGGCCAACACAAAGCUAGUAACGGAGAGCUUAGAUGGCGACGCUGACGAUUCUGAUUCGGCGGAUGAUGAUCUGACUGAAAGUACCGAUUCCGAAGACGAUGACAUGGAUCUUAUACAGCGGCAGUUUGACAAUCUAAACGAUGAAAAAAUGGCAAGGCUGCUAGCGAAGCAAUUCGAAUUUGGAUUCGACUCCUCGGAGUUGGCUUUGUUUGACGGAUUAAACGAGCCAAGCGGUGGCAGUUCGUCAACCGCCCGGAACCGCAAAAGGGAACAAUUUCAACUCAGAGAGAAGGUCUCAAGAACGCACCAGAGUGGCUUUCCUUCAGCGACUAGGCUCGCAGACGCAUAUGAUGGUUUCGAUGUCAUGGAUUUUGAGCGUCCUAGCUUGAAGGGUCGCAAGGGUAGGCUACCUUUCGACGUUUCUGAUCCGGAAUUAGAGGCAUCAAUGCAGUCCGCAUGGGAGAACGAUCGAGUCAAAAAGAAGCAGAGGAAAGAGGACCGCGAGCAUCGCAGAGCUUUGGGGGUCUUGGGUAUCCAUCCCGACAAACCUGACCUCAGUAUGAAAUACAAGGAGGGCAUGGGGAUCAUGGCGAUCAAAGAAGAAAUCAGGUUGUUUUUAAUUGGCAAGAACACUACGCUCGCUUUGCCUCCUAUGGAUAAGAAGGACCGUAUAGUGGUCCAUGAAAUCGCCAAUGCCUUCAACUUGAAGUCAAAGUCUGUCGGUGCCGAACGAAAGCGAUUCCCUGUACUUUAUCGCACCCAUCGGACAUCUGCCUACAAUGAAAAUGUUUUCACCUCUGUUGAACGAAGAAUCUCUCGCCGAUUUUUCCCUCGCAUGGAUGUCAAAGGCAAGAAUCCUAUGGCCAAGACAAGCUCAGGGUUACGCGGCACUGCGGGUGGUUAUAAGGACGGAGAUGUUGUGGGAGGCUCCGCGCCAGAGUUGGGAGUCGAGAAUAGGGGUAGGGCAAUGAUGGAGAAGAUGGGAUGGAGCAGUGGGACUGCGCUGGGCGCCCUGAAUAACAAGGGGAUAUUGCAACCUGUAUCGCAUGUUGUCAAGACUACCAAAGCUGGGCUGGGAUAAUAUUUGUUCGCUAGACCGCUGUCUAUAUAUACCAAAACUGUAUAUUAUUUCAGUGUUAACUCCUCACUGUCUUUAAUCGAAGAAUUUCUUCCAAUAUCCAUCCUGGUCGCAAUGAGAUGAAAAUGUAUGGUAAUCUGAAAUAUUCGGUAUCCGAGUGUUCUGAUCAUGUAGAAUCCAUAUUUCCAAGCAAAUUGUUCUCAAAUGAUGUUUCUACAACUGUGCUCGAUCGAGGGAAUCGUAGUUCGUCAUUUCAAGACUCGGCUUGUUCGAAUUCCAGUGCAGUCGCCGAAUAAUGAAAAAUGCUGUCCGAAAUCCGGGUAGCUCUAUCAUGUUGCGGUUCGUUCAUCACUUGGAUCAAAGAUGUCAUAGUGUUUCAAAUGUGG